GACUGGGUUUCUCUGUGCAGCCCUGACUGUACUGGAACUCUGUAGACCAGAUUGGCCUUGAACUCAGCGCUUGCCUCCUGAGAGCUGGGAUUUAAUGUGUGCGCUCCCACGCCUGGCUGCCAGUUUCUUUUUUUCUUUUUUGAUUUUUUGAGACAGGGUUUCUCUGUGUUGCUUUGGAGCCUGUUGUGGAACAAACUUGUAGAUCAGACUGGCCUUGAACUCACACAGAGAUCCGCUUGCCCCUGCCUGCUGAGUGCUGGAAUUAAAGGCAUGCCCCACCAGCGCCCUGCUGGCUGCCAGUUUCUUAAAACCUGCCUCCCUGACAGAAUCUGGAGAGGAGUGGUGGACCACUGGCUUUGUCACCCAGGUGCCCACAGCAUUCUCCUGUGCAUGUAUGUCCGUCGCAACAGUUUUGGGAGUGGUAGGGCUGUGUUUGUCACAGUCUAAGUCGGUGAUUAGUAGGUGGCAGAGGGGCAUCUUGAGACGAGUGUGGAGGCCCUGGCCAUUAGGACUCAGUGAGUACUGGCUGUUACUACUCUGCCGGGUACUGGAUCCCUGGUCCUGGUCUCAGGCAAGGGACCAACAGCAGCGCAGAAGGCUAAGCAAACUUGUUAAGCCACAGUCUCAGCCUUGUGUUGUGAAAGCCCAACUAAAGGAUAGUUGGUGCCAGUUAGUUGAAAUAUGGCACGUAUUAGAAAUGCUUAAAUCAGAGGCAAAGGCAGGUGGAUCUCUGUGAGUUCGAGGCCAGCCUGGUCUAUAAGAGCUGGUUCUAGGACAGGCUUCAAAGCUACAGAGGAACCCUGUCUUGAAAAUCUAAAAAAGGAAAAAGGAAAAAAGAAAAAUAAAAGAAAUGCUUAAAUCUUGGAGCAGUAUGCUGCGGAAGAGAAUGAGGAGGAAGGUCAUGUUUGACAUGUAAGGUUACCUUCUUCCUCACUCUCCAUGAGAACCUGGCCGUUUUAGGUCAGAACAAAACUGGCCUAAAUACACAGGGGAUAGCACUGGCACUAAGCCGGGGCAGAGCUUCUAGAACUGGCUCCUUGACCUGUCUUCUGUGCCUUAGGAGAGGAAGGAGACGUGAAUUUUUUUUUCCUGAUUCUUGAGGCUAAGACCCAAAAUGGUACAUUGACUUAGAGGUGGAAGUUUCUGGAAAGGAACGAGCCUGACUUGGCUGUUCCUCCGUUGCUCCACGUCGCCGCACGGAUCUCCACUACUGUGUUUGCCCACUGCUGUGCAGCCGUCAUGUUUGUUUUGUUCUCAGACGUCUGUCAUUUCCUGACCAGACUGCAAUGUGGCUCUCUGCCCUGUAAGCCGGGCUGCAACUGCUGUGAUCAGGACCGCGUAUGUGGUGGUACUGUGGUCCCUGAUUCCUUUGACCUCAGGAACAUAUGGGGCAGCCUUGUUCAGAGCUGGACACAAAUCCCUAGCCUUAGUGAUUUCAGUCAAGUUCUAGCUCACAGCACAACAUUGUUUUUUGGAGUAGCGUGAAUUCAGGCAAUCAGACUGCCUGGCCAUGCCGCUCACAGCCUCUACCGUGUUCCAGACGGGGCCAGUGCCUGUGAUCUGUUCUUUCUUUGGAGGGGGAAAUCCAGUGACCCUGAAUGGCUAGUGGCCUAAUCUCCACCAACCCCUGCCGUCCCAGCCUGCCCACAUUCUCCCCUCCCCCCACCCUUCAGCCGGCUUCUUUGACUUGCGCCUGAGUCUUCUCUCCAGCCUAGAAACCUUACUCCCGCCCCUUUGCGUGGCCCCAGCUUUAGCUCAGGGCUCUUUGUCACAGCUCCGCCCACUUGUGCACACCCUCCAGGAAAGGUUCCCUGUUCCUUCCCCUCUCAUUCGUCUAAGCUGACUGAGAUGAACCAUCGCGAAACCAGGGUCCUCCCUGCUGGCCACUGUUCCCCAUCCCUAGGAAUGUGGGCCUCAGAGGCUGGCUGUGUGAGGCUUUCUGUACCACCCUCUAUCAGCAGGAACCCAGCCAUGGUGAACGAGGGCAGCAGCAGUGGCAGCGAGAGCUCCAAGGACAGCUCGAGAUGUUCCACACCCAGCCUGGACCCAGAGCGGCACGAGAGACUCCGCGAGAAGAUGAGGCGCAGAAUGGACUCUGGUGACAAGUGGUUCUCCCUGGAGUUCUUCCCUCCUCGGACUGCUGAGGGAGCUGUUAACCUCAUCUCAAGGUUUGACCGGAUGGCAGCAGGGGGCCCCCUCUUCCUAGACGUUACCUGGCACCCCGCUGGAGACCCUGGCUCGGACAAGGAGACCUCCUCCAUGAUGAUCGCCAGCACAGCAGUCAACUACUGUGGCUUGGAGACCAUCCUACAUGUGACCUGCUGCCAGCAGCGCCAGGAGGAGAUCACAGGCCAUCUGCACAGAGCCAAGGAGCUCGGCCUGAAGAACAUAAUGGCGCUGAGGGGAGACCCCGUAGGUGACCACUGGGAAGCAGAGGAAGGCGGCUUCAACUGCGCCACAGACCUGGUGAAGCACAUCCGGAGCGAGUUUGGCGAUUACUUUGACAUCUGUGUGGCAGGUUACCCCAAAGGCCACCCCGAGGCAAAGAGCUUUGAGGAGGACCUGCAGCACUUGAAGGAGAAAGUAUCCGCAGGUGCUGACUUCAUCAUCACCCAGCUCUUCUUUGAGGCUGACACUUUCUUCCGUUUUGUGAAGGCCUGCACAGAAAUAGGCAUCUCCUGCCCCAUCCUGCCGGGGAUCUUUCCUAUACAGGGCUACACCUCCCUUCGGCAGCUUGUAAAACUGUCCAAGCUGGAGGUACCACAGAAGAUCAAGGAUGUAAUUGAGCCAAUCAAAGAUAACGAUGCUGCCAUCCGCAACUAUGGCAUUGAGCUGGCUGUGAACUUGUGCCGGGAGCUGCUGGACAGUGGCUUGGUGCCGGGCCUCCACUUCUAUACCCUCAACCGUGAGGUGGCCACCACAGAGGUGCUAAAGCAACUGGGCAUGUGGACUGAGGAUCCCAGACGUCCCCUGCCCUGGGCUGUCAGUGCAAAUCCCAAGCGGCGGGAGGAAUAUGUGCGCCCCAUCUUCUGGGCCUCCAGACCAAAAAGCUACAUCUACCGUACACAGGACUGGGACGAGUUUCCCAACGGCCGCUGGGGUAAUUCCUCCUCGCCAGCCUUUGGGGAGCUGAAGGACUACUACCUAUUCUACCUGAAGAGCAAGUCCCCCAGGGAGGAGCUGCUGAAGAUGUGGGGUGAGGAGCUCACCAGUGAGAAAAGCGUCUUUGAAGUCUUUGAACAUUACCUCUCAGGAGAGCCAAACCAGCAUGGCCAUAUAGUAACCUGUCUGCCCUGGAACGAUGACCCUUUGGCAGCGGAAACCAGUCUGAUGAAGGAGGAGCUGCUGCGCGUCAAUAGGCUGGGCAUCCUCACCAUCAACUCUCAGCCCAACAUCAAUGGGAAGCCGUCCUCGGACCCUGUUGUGGGCUGGGGCCCCAGUGGGGGCUAUGUCUUCCAGAAGGCCUACUUAGAGUUCUUCACCUCCCCUGAGACCGUGGAGGCCCUUCUGCAGGUGCUGAAGAAGUACGAGCUCCGGGUCAACUACCACAUUGUGGACGUGCAGGGGAAGAACAUCACUAAUGCCCCCGAGCUGCAGCCCAAUGCCGUUACGUGGGGCAUCUUCCCUGGUCGAGAGAUCAUCCAGCCUACUGUGGUGGAUCCCAUCAGCUUCAUGUUCUGGAAGGAUGAGGCCUUCGCCCUGUGGAUUGAGCAGUGGGGCAAACUAUAUGAGGAGGAGUCCCCGUCCCGCAUGAUCAUCCAGUACAUCCACGACAAUUAUUUCCUGGUCAACCUGGUGGACAACGAGUUCCUGCUGGACAGCUGCCUGUGGCAGGUGGUGGAAGACACUUUUGAGCUGCUCAACAGGCACUCCACAGAGAGAGACGCGCAGGCGCCCUAAGCCUCCUGGAGCCUCCUCAUCUUCCCACACGUGACAGGGACAGCUAGACUGGCAGGAAGCAGCCAGGCUCUGACUGGACCUGAGAAGCCCCAUUUAGGAGGCUCGUGCUCUCUGCUCAAGCCCAUGAGGUGCGAUUCACUAAACAGGGCCCAGCUGUGCUCCUUCUGAGCAGGCACUCCCGCCAGCUGCCGUCUUCUCUGUUCAGCCCAUCCUAGAAGCUGGCCCUGGCCCUCCUCUCCAGUCAGCACUCAGGCCUCGCUGCCUGGGGUAGUGACUGACAGGGACAGAUGGCUGCCCCUGAGGCCUGGCUCCCGGCCUGCUGGUCCUGUUUGAGUCAGGGAGGGGGAGGAGGCUGUCCGUAGAGCAACUUAGAGCACGGGAUUCCCUCUCCCCUUGUCCCCUAGACCCAGAUGCGAGCAGUGGAGGGCAGCCUGGAGGAAGGGACGUUCUUUAUUGUGCCCCCAGAGCUCUGGGAGCUGAGCCUUCAGCUGUGGGCCUGGCCUGGUUCCGUUUGUUUCUCGGGCGUAGCUCACAGCACAGCUGCUGCUGGGCCCUGCUCUGCUCCACACCUGCCACGUCUGGUUCUUCUCGUGGGUUCCUGGCUACCAGGCGCCGGUACCACUUUUCAAAGGCCUGGAAGCAGGGAGGGACAAGAAAGGACAUGGAUCUCGGCUCCCUCCAGGGCCUGUCAGACUGACACCUGAGCCAUGCUCUGUGUAUCUCAACCAGAGGCCUUUUCCUCUGCCCUCGCAGCCGGGUCGCCCUAUCUCAACCCAAACAUACAGGCUUUGAAUAGACUGAACUUGUGGCCCUGGGAAGCUGUACCCAGUGACCUGCAAAUGACCCAGGCCCUGCAGGGACCAGCAUGGAUAGCCAGUGCCAACAACAGCCUGGUCUCAGAUUGAGUGACUGACACUGGGCUGGGCUUAUGGCCACCAGUCAAGGGCUCUAAUAACCACUGUGCUCUGUAACCAUUGAUCAGCUUACUGAAUGAGGAAACCUCAGGGUGCUGAGCAGGGACAACCCCUCCCUUCUCCCUGGCUCAGCCCAAAGGUGACACGGUUUGGAAGGCUGACUAGGCGAGGUGAGGUAGAGCCACCUGGGAAAGGACCCAGCUCUCUUCCUGCUGGAGUAACCGCUGAGCCACCUGCAGCUGAAGGACCCUUUUCCGCCAUGUCCUCCAGGCCUGUUCCAGGUGCCACUGUCUGAGCUACAGAGAGAGUUGACAGAAAAGACUCUUUGCCGUUCUGGUCCUGGCAGCCCUAGCCCUUCUACUUCUGCCGCCCCAGGGAGAAAGGGAAGUGACAAGGGGGCCAUCAUCUAAGAAUGUUAGCAGACAAGGACUCCUGACUCUAGUCCAGAGACCACAGCGAGAUACAGGUUUGUCUAGAGUCGGCCAAGGGAUACGAUGAAUGAGAGAAUCUGUUCCAGGGCCUCUGCAGGAUGGAGAGGAACUAAGCCCACCUACCAGGGUCCUAGACAGCUGCUCCGCCCAGUGAACAUCUACCCAGAGCUGCCAUGCCCUUGUCAGGCACCUGGCUCGCUGCGAAGCCUGGAUCUGCCAACGCUGUAGGUGCCUAUUCCUGCAGGCCAAGUACAACAUAACCUCUGCAAGGUGAAAAGCAAGUCCCUAGGGCCAUCCUGCUGGGGUCACCCAGUUACUGGCCUGAGGUGACCACCCCUCUUCCAUGAUGUCACAUGCACAGUCGCUCCUGCCCUAGUCACCUUUGAGGAGCCUCGCCUUGGCCCUGGAGGGCCCUGGUCUCAGAGCUGCAGUGUUUGCCUAGUCCUGUAGGGGGCUGUGCCCACGCAGGCAGUGGCAGCCAGAACUGGAAGGUUGGGCAGAGAGGCCACUCUGUGUCACCUGGAGAGAAUUCCAUCAAGAGGAUAAGCCUUGGUUUGGGGGAGCAGUGGCCACUCUCAGGUACCCAGGUUGUAGGAUGGCCCAAGGAGCUAAUGGGGGUAGAAGAGAAUCACCCAACAGCUGUGAACAGGGGCAGUGUUUCACAGGUGAGGCCUGAGGGCUGAGACCCCGGGACUCAGCUUCUUACUGUGAGCACAGGAUGUGGUCUUCUGUAUGCCUCUUCCAGGCUGCCAUGCCAGGCUGGGCACCGCACUCGGUCUAACGGGUGUCCAGCGGCUGUGGGUCUGAGGAACAGAGGGGGUGCAAGAAUCAGAUACCUUGAGCCUGCUGACCAGGAGGGAUUCCUGCCUGACCCCUGCCAGAACAGGUUCCCACCUGUGUGCAUAGCGGGGUGUCUCACCUGUCACCCAGGAGUCCCAAGGACCCCCAGAGGAGGCAAGCUGCUGGUACACAGCUGGCACUACCCCUCUGGCCAGCCUCCCAUCUGCUGAAGACGUCUAAGCCGAGGCUGGUUCAGUGGGAGCUGCAGCUGACCUGUGGUAGAGCUCAGGCCAUCCCUGAGAGCUAAGCUACGCUUCUGACUUAGGGUAGAUACAGCUGAAGCCUUGCCUCUGAGAUGUGGCCUGGCUCCAGGGUCUGAGCUCCCAGCUAGUGGGCCACCCCCUGCCACCACAGGAUGGCGCACCACCUGCACACGGUGCCAGAUAAAGGGCUACCUAGCUGGGGGGGGAGGGGAGGCGGUAAAGAGUAAGACCUUGGCUACCAUUCUCUGUCUGCUUUGUUUCUAGACGCCCCAGUGUAUGAGAGGACAGUGUAAGGGAGAAUGAAGAAGGUUUGGUUUGGUUUAGUUUUUUGAGAGAAGGUUUUUCUGUGGGACAGUCCUGACUAUCCUGGAACUCACAGAGAUCCCCCUUCCCUCUGCCUCCUGAGUGCUGGUAUUAAAGGCAUGCACCACCACCACCCAGCAAGAAGAGAUGAAGCAUGUAUAAUUUUAAAGGGUGGCAGUGUCCCCUGAAAUUUCAACUCAAGAGGCUGAGUUGAAGCAGCCUGGACUAUGCAAGCUGGGUCUACAAAGGCCUGUAACAUCUAGAAGGAAAGUAGCAUGAGACCCCGUGACCUGCCGUAGCCUUAGGCCCAUACCUGGAAGUUCUGAAACCCCGCAUCACUAUUGCAAUUUUGUUUAAAAAGCAAAAGUCACUUUAGUGAUUUCCUUAGACUCAAAACACUGUCUGGCCUGUCAGGAUGGUGGGUGGAUCCCUGAGUUACAUCUCCAGACUACUGGGCAAUGCUGUUUCUUGCCCCGGCACUUGUGAUGCCCUCUUCACUCCUGCUAGGCCACAGCCUCUCAUUAUGUCAGGGCUAAGGACUAAAACAAAACCUUACUUUCUCCUGUAUUUUCUGUAAUGAGUACAUUUCAUUUCUUCCAGUAAAGUCAAAUUGCUGCUCUCUUCAUA